AGGGGGCGGGCGGCGAUUGGCGCCGGCGCGGCCACGUGCCCGCGCGUCACCGGGGCCGGGAGGAAAAAGGCUCCUUUUUGGUGUAAAUCUGGACUCUAAUUCCGUAAUAUAUCACGGUACCUCGUAAAACCGACACUAAAACGUCCCGACCUACAAAUCACCCGGCCAAAUUAUGAGUUCAUUGUAUUAUGCGAAUGCUUUAUUUUCUAAAUAUCAAGCCGCAAGUUCGGUUUUCCCGUCCGGAGUCUUCCCCGAGCAAACUUCUUGUGCUUUCGCCUCCAACGCGCAGCGAGCGGGUUAUGGGGCCGCGUCCACGCCGCCCUUCGCCGCCUCCAUGCCCGGGCUCUACUCGGGGGGCAGCUCGGUGCACCCCCAGCCCCCCAGCGUGUACCCCUCGGGCUACGGGCUGGAGCCCGGCUCCUUCAACAUGCACUGUGCCCCCUUCGAGCAGAACCUCUCCGUGAUGUGCCCGGGAGACGCCUCCAAGCAGAGCUGCGGCAAAAGCGACCAGAGGGACGCGGAUCUGCAGGGAGACAGCAACUUCCGAAUCUACCCCUGGAUGAGGAGCACAGGGACGGACAGAAAGCGGGGCCGCCAGACCUACACGCGGUACCAGACGCUGGAGCUGGAGAAGGAAUUUCACUACAACCGGUACCUGACCCGCAGGAGGAGGAUCGAGAUCGCGCACUCGCUGUGCCUCACCGAGCGCCAGAUCAAGAUCUGGUUCCAGAACCGCCGCAUGAAGUGGAAAAAGGAGAAUAAAAGCGCCUGCCCCGGCUCCGGAGGGCAGGAAAAGGCAGACGGCGAGGAGGAUGAGGAGGAGUGAAAAAUAGGGAGAGGGGUGGAUGCAGGAAACGAGAGGAGAAAAUAAAAUUAAAAAAAAAAAUUAAAAAAAAGGAGGGGGAAAAACACAAAAAACACAAGUAAAAAGAGGAAAAAAGACUAUAUAUAAAAAUAACCGAUAAGCGCAUAAAUAAUUAAACCCCUAGGAGUGAUGCGUUGUGUUCCAUGACACUGAGAGAAAAAUACUACCUAUAUUAAAGUCUGUUUUUUUGUUGUCGUUUUGGGUUUAUUUUCCUUUUUGUACACUAGAAUAUCUACCUAUUGAAUGUGGCUUUAGAUAGACACAUUUUUUCCUGUGUGAGCCUUCCCCUAGCACCAGUAAUUUGUAAAAGCUCCGUUUGUACUUGGCUGUGUACUCUUUAUUUUUAUUUUUGGGGUGGGGAGGGGGGGUUUGAAGUAACGUGGUCGUGUUUAGCACCUUUAAUUUAGGAAAAUGUGGCCCCAAAGCCUGAAUGCAAAUCACAUUUAGCGCGUAGAGUCCUGUACAUAAUAUGAAUUAUUAUUAUGAUUAUUCUUCCUCCUUCCUCCCUGUAACCUCUGUGGUUCUUCUCUCCUUGCGAUGCUCUUUUGUCUGUGGAUAUUUUUACCUUCGUUGUUGGAGCCUCUACGGGGGGAGGGGGAAAAAAAGGGGGAAAAAUUUCAAAAAAAAAAAAAGAGAAAAAGAAGAGGAAUUAAUAUUGUGCUACGUCAAAUGUUGUAUAUCAAAGUAGCAAAUUAUUUAAUGGCGGCGCGUUGCUAUUUUUUUUUGGUUGUUAUUAUUAAUUAUUAUUAUUAUUAUUGUUAUUUUCCUUCGUCUGUGAUUAUUAUUCUUGGAAAUAAAAAGGAAAUCUCAACCUA